AUGCUGUACCCCCAGGCGGUCAGGAGAUGGCUCGCAUCUUCUUCUUCGAGCAUCGAGGCCUCGACAUCCAACAAGAAGCUGAUUGAGUGGCUCAAGACCCAGCAGAAGCUGCUCCAGCCCAGCGCCGUGCACAUCUGCGACGGAUCGGUCGAAGAGGACGAACGCUUGAAGAGCGAGCUCGUCAAGAGCGGCACGCUCAUCAAGCUCAACGAGGCCAAGCGGCCCAACUCGUACCUCGCUCGCUCGGACCCUGGUGAUGUUGCGCGCGUAGAGGGCCGCACGUACAUCUGCUCGACCAACAAGGCCGACGCAGGCCCGACCAACAACUGGGUGGAUCCGAAGGAGAUGCGCGCCACGCUCAACGGCAAAUUCGCUGGCGCGAUGAAGGGCCGCACGAUGUACGUGGUCCCCUUCAGCAUGGGUCCCGUGGGCUCGCCCCUCUCCAAGAUCGGCGUGGAGAUCACCGAUUCCCCCUACGUCGUGGCCAACAUGCGCAUCAUGACGCGCAUGGGCAAGCAGGUGUUUGAUGCGCUGGGCAGCGACGGCGACUUCGUGCCGUGCGUGCACUCUGUGGGCGCGCCGCUGCAGCCGGGCCAGAAGGACGUGCCGUGGCCGUGCAACCCCGACAAGUACAUCGUCCACUACCCCGAGACCCGCGAGAUCUGGUCCUACGGCUCCGGCUACGGCGGCAACGCCCUCCUCGGCAAGAAGUGCUUCGCGCUCCGCAUCGCCUCCGUCCAGGCCCGUGAUGAAGGCUGGCUGGCCGAGCACAUGCUCAUUCUGGGCAUCACCAACCCCGAGGGCAAGAAGAAGUACAUCGCCGCCGCGUUCCCCUCGGCUUGCGGCAAGACCAACCUCGCCAUGAUGAACCCCACCCUCCCCGGAUGGAAGAUCGAGACCGUCGGUGACGACAUCGCCUGGAUGCGGUUCGGCAAGGAUGGUCGUCUCUACGCGAUCAACCCGGAGAACGGAUUCUUUGGCGUGGCGCCCGGCACGUCGAUGUCGUCGAACCCCAACGCCAUGGCCACGACGGUCAAGAACGCGCUCUUCACCAACUGCGCCCUCACGGACGACAACGACGUGUGGUGGGAGUCGAUGACCGACAAGCUGCCCGCGCACCUGAUCUCGUGGAAGGGCAAGGACUGGACGCCCGAGUCCAAGGAGCCCGCGGCCCACCCCAACGCCCGCUUCACCACGCCCGCCGACCAGUGCCCUGUGCUCGACUCCAAGUGGGAGGACCCGCAGGGCGUGCCCAUCUCGGCCAUCCUCUUCGGCGGCCGCCGCCGCACGGUGGUGCCGCUCGUGUACCAGGCCUUUGACUGGGAGCACGGCACCUACAUUGGCAGCUCGAUCGGCUCCGAGGUCACCGCCGCGGCCGAGGGCAAGCGCGGCGAGAUGCGACACGACCCGUUCGCCAUGCUGCCCUUCUGCGGCUACAACAUGGCCGACUACAUGCAGCACUGGCUCAACGUCGGCUCCCGCUCCUCGGCCGACAAGCUCCCCAAGAUCUUCUUCGUCAACUGGUUCCGAAGGGGAGCUGAUGGCUCGUUCCUGUGGCCCGGCUACGGUGAGAACUCGCGCGUGCUGAAGUGGAUCUUCGACCAGACGGACAACAAGUCCGGUAAUGCCAAGGAGACCCCGAUCGGAUACAUCCCGAAGGAGGGCGCCCUGGACACGUCGGGCCUCGACGUCUCGCCGGAGGCCAUCAAGCAGCUCUUCGAGGUCAACCCGUCCGACUGGAAGGAGGAGGUCCAGGAGAUGAGGCGAUACACCGAGCAGUUCGGCGAUCGCCUGCCCGCCGGCCUCAAGAAGCAGAUGGACGCCCUCGAGAAGCGCCUCGCCUAA